AUGACAACGCCUCUGCCGAGUACUGACGGUGUGCGAGCAGCGGUGCGCGUGCGGCCUUUCAGUCAGAGAGAGAAGAAUUCUGGGAGCAAAUGUGUGAUUUCCAUGCAUUCUGGGACCACCACAACCAUACAAGACCCUAAGAACCCAGAGCAGAGGAAGACAUUUACUUUUGACCUGGCGUAUUGGUCUCACGAUGGAUUUCAGAAGGGUCAAGACGGUGUGUUUAUUUCAGCUGGUCCUAGCAGUCAAUUUGCAAGCCAGAAAGAUGUUUUCCACGAUCUCGGCAGGGGAAUUCUGGACAGCGCUUGGCAAGGCUAUAACGCCACCCUCCUAGCCUACGGCCAAACCGGCACCGGAAAAAGCUAUUCCAUGAUUGGAUUUGGUGCAAACAAGGGUAUCAUUCCAAAUGUGUGUGAGGAGCUCUUUCAAGCAAUUGAGAAGCGGGAGGGAAAUGAGGAAUACCAGGUUACGUUCAGUAUGCUGGAAAUUUACAACGAGCAGAUAAGAGACUUGCUAUCUAGAACCAAGAAGCCUGGGGGACUAAAAGUCAGAAAAGAUAAACAGCUGGGCUUCUAUGUGGAUGGCCUGAAGUCAGUGCCCUGUGAGAACUAUGCACAGAUUGAAAGGUUGAUGGAACAAGGGACAAAAAUAAGGACCACAGCAUCGACCAACAUGAAUGCCAGCAGCAGCCGGUCUCAUAUGGUUAUCACCAUUCAGUUCAAGCAGGUUUUCCUAGACAGAGACCUCACCAAGCAAUCCAGUAUUAAUUUGGUGGAUUUAGAAGGAAGUGAAAGGCAGAAAUCUUCAGGAUCUGAAGAAGACAGACUGAAGGAAGGAUCAUGAGUUAAUUUAAGUUUAACCAAUUUAGGAAAUGUUAUCAGCGCUCUGGCUGAUGCGGCCACGGGGAGGAGAGUGCUGCACGUUCCCUACAGAGAUUCUGUUCUGACCAAACUGCUCCAGCCAGCUCUGGGCGGCAACAGCAGAACUACUUUGAUAGCAGCCAUAAGCCCCGCUGACAUCUGCUAUGAAGAAACUUUGUCCACGUUAAGAUACGCUGAAAGGGCUAAAAAGAUCCAUAACAAAGCCGUGGUCAACACCUCGACGCUGAUGAGAGAGUCAGAGGCAGAGAACAACAAACGGCAGAUGACGGAGACCUUCCCUCACCUUCUCAACGUCAACGAGGACCCACAGCUCACGGGUGUUCUCAAGUACUUCAUUCAGAAUGGUACUCAACCAGGACCUUCCCCGCGGCCAGCCUUCAGCACAUCUCCCAAGGCCCUUAGAAUUUCAGAUAAGCACGCUUCCUUCACCAAUCUGGAUGGGAAAGUGAUGGUCACGCCACACAGCAAAUGCAAAAUUGUCGUUAAUGGGGUGCCCAUCAUGGGCAAGACGAAACUGCAGCACCUGGACCGCAUUAUCUUGGGAUCCAACAGCUCCUACCUCUACGUUGGGUUUCCUUCAGAGCGAGGAAGUGAAGAUUUGAACAGGUUGGACUAUGACUUUUUCCAGCUGGAGAGAGCGGCUGCGGAGGGAGUGAGUGUGGACAAGCUCGGGGCCACGGGCCGCAGGGACGGGAGCGCAGACCCCAGUGUGCUGGCCGUGUUCCAGGACUACAUCAAACUGAUGCCACUGGUGGCGGAAGCAAAUCAAAUGGGCGAAGAGCUGGAGAAGGGACUCAGAAUGGAAUUGAAGGUGAAGAAUUUAGCGUCUUCAGACCCCAGGGGCUACGACCUGCAGAAAGAGGUCAUGGUGAAGGUGACCCACCAAAGGACCCACGAGGUGUGGAUCUGGUCAAAAGCCAAGUUUAUCAAUAGGAAAUUCCUAAUGGAGGAACUUUACCAGCGCUUUCUAGAGGGGGAGGACAUCUGUGUGGCUCAGGAAGAUGACCCUUUCUGGGAUCCCGUCGAGGUGGUCCACCUGGGCUCAGCUCAUGUCUGGCUCCAGCCCCUUGCCUACUGCAUGAAGCUCGAGGAGCAGGUGGAGUUCCUCAACUGCGACGGGUUGGAGGAGGCCAUGCUGCACAUCCACAUGACGCCCUGCUCGCCGGCAGGACAAGCAUGUGGUGAGGACGAUGUGGUUAUUGACCCUUUGGAGCUGCUGGGCAAGAGGAUGGAUUUCCAGAUUGGCCUCGUGCGAUGCCUCGGCAUCAAGUGGCUCAAGGAAGGUGCAGAGCGGGGCAUUCAGAUGGGGUACAGAAUUUAUGAUCUUUCAAGCACUUUCUAUACCAAGCCUGUAUGGAAAAUUGUGAAUCCCCAAAUAGAAGAAACUGUCCAAUUUACAGCCUUAAAUGCAUCUCAGGAGUUUCAAUAUUUACAAAUAAAUGCGCUCGUUGUCGAUUUAUGGGGUCUUCAAGAAGGCUGCGCCCAACUGAGCUGCUCUCAGCCGGACCUCAUGGUCACAAGUGAAGGCCACAUCAUGGUGGACGCCCAGAAAAUCUCCACAGUGAUGGACACAGGCCAGACCACGUCAAAUCAGGUAUCAGAACUUUACGUGAAGUUGCUCAAGUUAGAACAGGAGACGGAACUGCUCAGAAACGUGAACAGAGCCUUGAGAGAGGAAAGUGUGCUGGUUCAAUAACUCCUCUCUUUUCUCGUUACCUCAGCACAGAAGCUUUCGGAUGCCCUGAAGGUCACUCAGCCACUAGCACGACUGCCCGCAGCCAGGGAGCUUUCUCGAACGUACGCCCAGCGAGCCGGCUCGGAGACAGAGUUGGCCAGAGCUCUGAAGGCCUUCUACCAAAGCAUGAACGCAGCAAGAGGGCAGUUCCUCACACUGAGACAUUAUAAACCUCCCGAAGACGAUGCAAUGCUCUGGCCGUUUGUACACCAACAGUCACAGAGGUUAAAGGACUUCGGGCAGCUGCUGGAAGCCAGCCUGUGGCGACUGAAGAGCGACGUGGGCCGUGUGGUGCGGGAGAAGAGGGCGCGCUUGCUGCCUCCGGAGUAGAGCGGGCUGGGCCCGCUGAGCGCACCUGAGCCCCGGCUUGAUGAACUCUGCUCUCAGCUGAGCUGUGCACUCGCCCUCCCCUCCCCGCUCCUCCUCCUGCUUCUGUCUUCAGUUUGAUUUCGAAUCACGUACACAUGAAUCCACAGGCAGGGGGAAGGUGACUGGCGGGAGGAGAUACAGGAGGGGAAUGGCGUGCUCAGGGUGCUGGGACUGGACUGUCCGGGGCUCCAUCCUGCUUCCUCGGUCCCUUCCUGACUGCAGUUUGUGGCAAGCGCCCUCCCCUCACUAAGCCUCUGGUACCUUAUCAUAGGGAAAUGGUAGCAGUACUAACUGGUUAAGGAUGGUUAAGGAACACAAAGGAAUA